UUCAAUAACAAUAUGGUUAAAAUAGCAUAAUGAAAAAUAAAAAGUCGAUAUAAUGUAUCGAUAGAUGAUCUUUGCGUGUUUCAAUUCGGGGAAGAAUAGGGUGUGGGUGUGAGUGUGGGGUGUGGGUGGGUGUGGGUGUCUGUGUGGGGUGUGGGUGGGUGUGGGUGUCUGUGUGGGUGUGUGUGGGUGUGGAUGUGGGUGGGUAUGGGGGUGGGGGUGGGUGUGGGCAUGAGUGUGGGUGCGGGUGCAAGUGUGGGUAUGGGUGUGGGUGUGGGUGGGUAUGGGGGUGAGGGUGGGGGUGGGAGUGAGGGUGGGGGUGGGGGGUAAUCUUGUGUCAAGCAGCAUCUACACCCACAUCCGCACCCUCUAGCCACACUCACACCCACACCCCACACCCACACCCACACCCACAUCCACCCACACACCACACCCACACCACAUCCACCCACACCCACACCCACACCAACACCCACACCCACACACCACACCCACAGCCACACCCACCCACACCCACCCACACACCCACACCCACCGCAUCCACCCACACACCCACACACCCACCCAUUACACAGAACGAUAAAAAUAAAGCUAACAUUACUAUUAUUAUUACAUAGCAUAUUAUCCAACAAUAUAUUGUUUUCUGUUUAGAUGGCGCCUUUUUUAAUUGAUAUCUUAAAACUUAUGGUCAAAAUCAAAGUGGAAAGUGGAAAAAAUAAAGAAUCAUUUAAUGGAUGAAAGCACGUCCCCUGAAAUGCUUUUUGAAAAUUCAAUCGAUUAAUCAAUUAUUAAUUUUCUAUCUUUUAUCAUUUUGUCGCAUAUUUGUUUUUCAGAUAAACGUGAAUAAACAUUAACAUUAUUUCUAUUCUCAAAACUGAAGAAAUAAAAUUAUUUUAAAGAGAAUUUUAUUCAUCCGACUACAUUCUUUCAGGCAAAAAAAUCUCAAGUUCAUAUGAUAUUUCAUAGAUUGAAAAAACAAGGCUUGACAUUUGAAUAAUUAAUUUUGUUUUAUAGAUUAUAAAUGCCAUCGAUUUCUUGGUAAAUAAAGCCGGAUGAUAUUGUCAUCAUAUUCAUCAACGAAUCUGAUAUUGAAAACAAUUCAUCCUGUUUAAAAUCAUUAAUACAUACAUCUGACUCAACCAUUCAAUGACAUAGUAAGACAGUUUCAUAUAAAAACUAUUUUAAUUAAUUAUUGCCUCUCACAUUUAGUCAACAUCAUCUCGAAUUUCAUCAUCUGUCACCAUCACACAUUCAUUCAACGACAAAAAAAUUUUCAAAUGAAAAAUUAAAUAAAGUACCAUUUCUAACAAAUCUACGUCGUUUAAAUAUUUUUAGUGUACUCAAAAAGUGAGUACACUACUAAAAUCGGUCUGUGUGUCCGCCCGUUUACACGAUAACUUUCGGAAGGAGAGUCAGAUUGCGAUGAAAUUUUCUACACAGCUUAGUGUUGACAAUAUCUCGGUCGAGUUCGAAGAUGAGAAGGAUCCGUCAUGAAAUGGCUGAGUAAUCGAAAAAAUUGGGAUUUUUGACCAGAUCAUCCCUAAAGACGGGGGGGGGAGGGUACGGGGAUUUUUCGAAAAAACUUUUUUUGCUCAUAAUUAUUCACAAAAUACAUAAAUCGACUCAGUUUUUAACGCUGAUUCUGAAUCUGAUAUUAGUUUUGAACCGAAUCAUAGGUUUGUGUACUCAAAAAGUGAGUACACUAUAGAAUAGUCAGUGUGUCCGUCCGUCCGGUUGGCUGUUUACAUGAUAACUUUUGACAGCAGAGUCAGAUUGCGAUGAAACUUUCUACACAGCUUAGUCUUGACAAUAUCUCGGUCGAGUUGGAAGAUGAGAAGGACCGACCGAGCCGUUCCUGAGUUAUUACAAAAAUACCCAUUUUCCCUAUAGCUUUCUGUGGAAAAAUGGACCCAUCGCGACUUUCGUAAAAGACUUUUCCUAUCAUAGUCAACUAAAACCCCAACUAUUAUAUACCAUUCGAUAGAGGAUUUCAAGAACUACAAAAUGAUAUAUAAAACAUAAAGAAACAAGAACGUUGACUAACUCACACAGAUAAUUAAAGAGAACUAGGUUAUAUUUUGGUCCACGAUCUAAUUGAUCCACAAAUAGAGCUUUAUCUUCCGGUCACACUGAUGAUACUUCGAGGUUUUCAGAUAUAGAGAACUCGAAUGUGUACUGCACUUCCAUCGAAAUACUAUUCGUUGUGCAGUGACCAAUAGAAAUGAAGUUAUAGGGAAAACGACUUUCUUAGGGUAAAUCAAGGGAAAGAGUUCAAACUUGAGCUGUAUUCGGUCCCAUGUUCUAUUGGUUUGGCAACGCGCAAUAGAAAUCAACGUUUUAAAUGGUAGAUUUCACAGUAUAAUUUUGAUAUUCAGACAGUCUAGGAUGAUUGAUUUGUAUGAUUCACUUUUUGAAGUACACAUAACUCUCGGAUUUAAAUCCGAAGUUUUCGCAUUUAUUUUAUUCUUCUGCAUUUAGUGAUCGAUCACCAAUGACAUCGAAUUUAUCAUCAAAUAUUAUUUUCACGUCAGUUUAUCGUUCCAUUAUGAUCAAGAAAUAGCUCAUAUUAAACCAGUUGAUGACAAAGUAACAGAAUUUUACAUAGAAAAUAUUUAAUUCAUCAUUUUCUCUUUUAUUUAGUCAAGAUUGUGAUAAAUUUCAUCAUCUCUCAUACAUAAAAUCAAUGUAAAGAAAUUAUGUUUAAAUGUAACACCAAAAGAAUUACCAAUUCCAAGAAAUUUUCGUUGUUCAAACAUUCUUUACCCCUUUUUUUGCAUUUAAUGAUCGAUCACGCACGAAUAACAUCAAAUUCAUUAACAAAUACUAUUUGAAUAUCAACUCCUAUUUUCUCUAAUGACCAAUAAAUGAUUAAAAUUGAACCAGCUAAUGACAAAGUAAUAAUAUUCUACAUAGGAAGUAUUUUAGUUAAUUGUUUUUUCUUUCUUUUAGUCAAUAUCGUGUUGUAAUUCUAACAUUUACCAUAGGUAAAGUUAGUGAAGAAAUGUUAUUUUCAUAUAUACAAUUCAAUCAAACAUCAAUUCUAACAAAUCUUCAUCAUUCGAAUAUUGUUCAUUCUAUUGUAUUUAAUGAUCGAUCAUGAAUGAUAUCAAAUUGAUCAAUACAUACUGUUUUUAAAAUUAUUCAUUCUUUCCGUAAUCAUCAAUAAAUAGUUCAAACUGAAUCAGCUGAUGAAAAAGUAACAGAAUUUCAUGUUUUAUAUUUCUUAAUCGAUCGUUCUCUUUCUUUUAGUCAAUAUCAUAUCCCAUUCCAAUACUUAUUACAUGUAAAAUUAGUGUAGAAUAAAUAUCUUCGGAGAAAGAAUCAAAUGAAGCACCAAUUAUGAAACAUCAAUUCUAAUUAAUCGUCUUCACAUCUUUACUAUUUAACGACAAAGUAAAAAAAUUUAAUGUAGGAAAUAUUUUAAUUGAUUGUUUUCGAUUUUUCUGUUUUAGUCAACAUCACGUAGAAUAUCAUUAUCUUUCAUAGUUUAAGUCAAUCAAAAACACAUAUUAUUAGAUGAAAAAUCAAAUGUAGUAUCAAUUACAGCAAGUUUUCAUCAAACAAAUAUUAUUCAUUUUUGUUUAAUUGAUAAUUCAUUGAUAUUUAUAUAGAAUCAAUUAACAAAUCCAAUUGUAAAACCAAUUCAUCGUUUUCAUAGUCAUCAAAAAAUAGUUCAGAUUGAACCAGUUGAUGAUAAAAUUGAACAAAUUGAUAUAAUUCAAAAUCAUACAACACAUUCUGAUAAAAUAACUAAAUAUCGUGAAGAAUAUGAUGAAAAAAUUCAAGAAUUGGAAUCACGUAUUAAAGCAAUUGAAGAAUGGAAAGCAACACAUGAAGCAGGUGAAGUACGAAAAACCACGGAAAUACAAAAAGUAAAUGAAGUUAAUAAAGAUCUUUUCUCACAUAAACUUGAAAAUAAAACAUCACAUACAAAAGAUACUGAUGAACAAGAUGACCAUGAUGAUCAUUCAAGUCGUCUUAUUGAAGAACAACACCGGAAUUUAAAUAAUGAUUCGUACAUCUUGUUCGAUAAAAAACAAGCUGAACAAAUCGAAUUAUUAAAUUCGACAAUUAUUGAACGUGAUCGAAAAAUGGUAGAAUUAUAUGAUAAUGAAGUUUUACAAUUUGAAGAACGUGAACGAAAAUUAAUAAAUGAAAUAGAACGAUUACGUAUACAAUCAUUAAAAAUGAACCAAUCUUAUACAACACGUUUACAUGAUUCUGAAGAACAAGCAAGAUCUUUAAGAGUCCGAGUAUCACGACAACAAGACGAACUUGAGGAACAGGCAAUAGUUAUUGAACAAUUUCUUACAGAUGGAGAUCGACCAAAAAAAUUAAUAUCAGCUAAUUUGGCUACAUUAACACAGCAAUAUCAAAAACUUGAAGAAACCAACAUAAACUUGACUAAUCAAUUAGUUUAUGAAAAGAAACUUUCACGAGGUUUAAUGUGCUUGUUAGACACAAAUUUAAGAGCACGUGAACAAGCUUUAACAACAACCCAAACAACAACUGCUAAUCCAUUACCAUCUAAUAUUCAUAAUUUAGGUCAACAACUUCAACCACCUAAAAAUAUUUCAUAUUAUCCACAAUUAAUAACUGAUGCAUAUAUUGCCAAACAACUUGUUAAAGAUUUAUAUUGUCAUAUUUUCGUGCACCGCUUCAUCAAAAACAAGAAGUUAUAA